ACGGAUACUCAGCCGACUUUCAGUGUUAACCGAGUGUACGGUUAAGUCUCUGGUGCAUCAUGUACGUGUUGCUGACCCUCGCUCUCCUCGCGGCUGUCCAGGCGGCCCCGGCGAAGGAUGAAGUCCCGGUGGACAUGCAGCUGGCGCAGGCUCGCGGGUCGGGGUCCAACCCGGUCGGCAUCAACGCCGAUACAACCUGCUACAGCCACCCGCAGUCAAGCAAAUACGCCGUGAGCGCUCCGUUCUACCACGGCACCACCCCGCUGAACCUGCGGCGCGCCGUGGACGAGGUCGGCACCCUGUGGCCCGUUCACCGCGUCAUGAUCUUCCGCGAGACGGUCUUCGAGUGGGGAGUCGGCGCCGACAACUUCGCUGACAAGGUAUCCUGGGAGGGAGUCCGUGAGCCGUCUGACUGCUCAGUGUCCUGGGCCAGCAGCUCCGCCGGCUCCUCCUCCUGUUCCCUGCAGCAGGCUAUCGACUUCAGCCGCGGCUACAAGACCCGCUACGGCAGUUACGACCUGCUCUUCAACAACUGCCAUAACUUCGUCAACCGUAUGAUGAACUACCUGGACUCCGGGUGCACUCGCUAUCCCUAGAUCGUCUUCCAACUACCGUGGUCAACACUUACAAUUGUCUACAUCUCUGAUUUAGCUGCAAAACAUCCCUGCUUUAAUUUGCCGGCUUUAAUAGCCUGGUUACCAAACCUAUUAUAGCUUCCGAGUCCUACAUCCUCUCCGCAAAUUGGCUACAGCUUUAAGCCCCCGUCAUACAUUCACGACCUUCCCCCGAAUUUGCUCUGCGAACACCAGCCGACUAGGUUACACUGAUUUCCGGGAGCAGUCGACCAGAUUUAGGCCACGCCUACCUUUCGUUACGAAUCGACACGGAUUUGAGUUAAAUUUGAGUCAAACCUAACCCGACUGUGCUAAAGGGAUGUUGCGCAGCUAAGCCGUGGUGUAGAGACUAAAGUGUACUUGUCGGCUACCGUACCAGGCGAUUGGAUAAAACCACCUCAAAUUCAAGUCAAUUUCGCCUCAACGAGGCAUGCAUAUUCAUAAUCUGACAAGAAAUAAAGAUUUUAAUAAAUCAA